AUGAGCCUCUGGCACCGGGUGCAGUUCUUGUACUUCAGGCAUCUCGGAGAGCAUUCUGUAAAGUUCACCAAAGAAGUCUUCCUGUAUGUGACAAAUCACAAAGUUAUUGCCUCCAUUCAAGAAAAUCAUUCCGCCAGCUCGCAGGUGUCGUUGACAUCACCCGUGCACGACCAGCGACGAGGCACACUAUUCAACAAGUGUCGAGCUGAUCACCCGUCCACGAGGCACGCUUCCCCUCCCAAUCAUUUACCAUUCCCUUUCACCAUCACCUUAAGCUCCAUGGCAAAUACUUCCAUGGCAUUCUCGGGUAAAGAAAUGGGGACCAAUAUCCCCUUUUCCCCCUCGCUAUUCUUCCACGGGGUAUAA